CUGAGAGCGGCGUCAGCGGCGGAGGGGAGGGCGGAGGAGGGCGGGACGGUGGAGUGGAGUCGCGCGUGGUACGCCGUGGGCGUGACGGCUGACAUGGACGCGACUCGCCCGCACGCCAUCACCAUUGUGGGCCGCCCGCUCGUGCUCUGGCGCGACGCCGCGGGGUCGUGGCGCUGCUUCCUCGACCAGUGCCCCCACCGCCUCGUGCCGCUCUCCGAGGUGCGCCCUGCAAGCGCCUCCCAUCACACCUCUGUUCCCAUCACACCUGUUCCCAUCACACCUGUUCCCAUCGCACCUGUUCCCAUCGCACCUGUUCCCAUCGCACCUGUUCCCAUCGCACCUGUUCCCAUCGCACCUGUUCCCAUCGCACCUGUUCCCAUCGCACCUGUUCCCAUCGCACCUGUUCCCAUCGCACCUGUUCCCAUCGCACCUGUUCCCAUCGCACCUGUUCCCAUCGCACCUGUUCCCAUCGCACCUGUUCCCAUCGCACCUGUUCCCAUCGCACCUGUUCCCAUCGCACCUGUUCCCAUCGCACCUGUUCCCAUCGCACCUGUUCCCAUCGCACCUGUUCCCAUCGCACCUGUUCCCAUCGCACCUGUUCCCAUCGCACCUGUUCCCAUCGCACCUGUUCCCAUCGCACCUGUUCCCAUCGCACCUGUUCCCAUCGCACCUGUUCCCAUCGCACCUGUUCCCAUCGCACCUGUUCCCAUCGCACCUGUUCCCAUCGCACCUGUUCCCAUCGCACCUGUUCCCAUCGCACCUGUUCCCAUCGCACCUGUUCCCAUCGCACCUGUUCGCAUCGCACCUGUUCGCAUCGCACCUGUUCCCAUCGCACCUGUUCCCAUCGCACCUAUUCCCAUCGCACCUGUUCCCACCGCACCUAUUCCCACCACACCUGUUCCCAUCGCACCCACCUCAAUCUUAUCACUUUCCCAACCCCCCCCCUCCCCCCUCCCCCCCUGCCCAACGGCCACAGGGGCGCAUAGACUCAUCAGGGCGGUUGGCGUGUUCGUACCACGGGUGGGCGUACCCCUCUACCCGCUGGGUCAGAAUGGAGGUGUUAUAGGCGCAGCGGAUGCCCACCACAUGUAUUCCCAUCACCUGUUCCCGGCUCACCCACCUCCUCUCACCCCGCCCCCUCCCAACGGCACGGCCACAGGGCCGCAUAGACGCGGAGGGGCGGCUGGCGUGUUCGUACCACGGGUGGGCGUUUGCAGGCAGCGGCGCGUGCGAGCUCAUCCCGCAGGCCGCCCCGGAGCACCCCGGCCAGCCCCCCCGCGCCGUGUGCUCCCCGCGCGCAUGCGCCACUGCCUUCCCCGUGAGGGAGUUCCACAUGGCAAGGAGAAGGGCAAAGCGGGCGGCUGCUCGGCUGCUCGGCUUGCCUGUGCGUGUCCGCAGAGCAAGUGGGUUAGGGGCGAGGGGAGGAGGGGCAGUGGUGAGAGACAACUGUGCCUCCCCUCCCCUCCCAAUGCCCACAGGGGCGCAUCGGCUUGUCCGUCGCUUCUCAACAGUCCACCCAGCCAAUCGCCCCCACUCUCCCCGCUGCGCGCCCGUUACUCCCCCUCCCUUGCCCCCACUUCCCCCCGCCCACCCCAGGGGGUGCUGUUCGUGUGGCCAAAUGAGCAUUCGGCAGAGCAGGCGGAGGCGACGCCACUGCCGCUGCCGCACGGGGUGGAGUGGGACGAGUACGAGGUGCUGCCGCACUACACGCGGCGCCUGGCGUACGGGUAUGAGGUUCUGGUGGAGAAUGUGGUGGACCUCUCCCACUUCCCCUUCGCCCACCACGGCGUCGGCAUGACCACCCGCGACAAGGGCGGCCCUAUCAACAACAUCGGCAUGACACAAUCGGGCGUGAAGGGCUUUGAGGGGCCCAUCCACGUGUUUGGCUUCCCCACGUACCUCCGCUUCCAGGCGCCCCAACUCGUCUUCUACCACAGCACCCCCGCCGCCCCCCAAGUUCUCCUUCCUGCAGAGGAAGGCUGGGGCAGCAGCAGCAAACACGAGCUUGGUGACUUUUGA